AUGGCCUCCUCCGAUUCCCCUUGCCUUUCUCCAUCCUACCGCUCUUCAGGGUCGUCUGGCUACGAGUCGGAGUCUUCGACCGUCGAAUGGGACCAUGAGCCAUUCGAAACAUUUCAGUCUCGCGUCCUGACGCUUGCGUUAGGAACAAUCUGGCCCGAGGCGGCUGCCCACGAAGUGACGGUGGAGCGCCUGAGGGGCGGCAGCUACAAUCGCAUCAUCGGGCUCACACGACGGUCCCUCGAUGCCCAGGACGACGAGGAGACGCGGUAUAUCCUGCGGAUACCUCGCCGUGAUGCUGCGCGGGUUGACGACGACGUCGCCGCGCUCCGGUUUGUUCAGCAGAACUCCAGUAUACCUGUCCCCGAAGUGGUGGCGUUUGACGACACCGAAAACAACGCCAUCGGCUCUCCGUACGCAGUACAGGUCCGCGUUCACGGGGUCAAUCUGUACUCGACUUUCCCAACACUCAGCCACGAUCGUCGAUGUCGACUGGCACGGGAGUUUGGAGACAUGUGCAAGCAGAUGCUGAAUAUGCGAAACAACAGUGCCGGCAAGUUGGUGUUGCCGAUUGACGACGAUGGAAUGACGGCUGGCGUCUGUGUCACGCCUUGGAGGCCGCUGGCUGGGGCGCCACGUACCCCACAAUCCGAUCUUGCGCCCCCGAGUCCCGUAUACGACACGCUCAGGGACGUGUUCGAGGCUCGGAAAGCCGAAGACGUGGAGAGAUGCCCGGAAGAUGUGCUUAGGCCGGAAUUCAUGGAUCGGUUUAUCCGGAUGGCGUCGGAGCUAGGUGCCGACGGUUGGUUCGACGACCAACAUUACUCCAUUGCCCACUUGGACCUCGCCCCGCACAACAUUCUGGUUGACCCAACAGAGAACAAAGACGUGCCCACCAUUUCGGCGAUCCUAGACUGGGACAGUGCUGUCAUGGCUCCUUCAUUCAUGUCGUGCGCCCCCCCCAUGUGGAUUUGGGUCUGGCAGGACGAGGAGGAGGAAGACGAACGAAAAGCAAACGACAACCCCCCAACCGAAGACGGUCAGGAGCUGAAGAGGACUUUCGAGGAGGCUGCAGGGCCCGAGUACUGCAGAUUGGCGUACGAACCUGCUUACCGGCUGGCGAGACGUCUUGUCCAGUUCGCGAUUGACGGUAUAAAUUCCAGCGUAGACUGCAAAGAAGCUGAGUUGAUGCUUACGGAAUGGGCGGAUGUGCGUCGGGCUGGGCAGGGGGAGAAGGUCACGGUGACUGGAAGUCCAUAG